ACCAUUUUCAAACCGUAAGGCUUUGUGUAUAUAUAAAUGCAGCACAGGUAUAGAAUCGUGUCGCUGCAGUGCGAGAGUAAACGAGAAACUCUCUCUUCCUUCGGUACUGUGAUCUGGCGCAGCGAAUGCAUGAAAUUCGCCAGCGCCUCAGUAAAGUAACAGCGGAACUGAUUGGUCGGCAUGGUUGGUGUGUUAGUCGUUGUGACGCAUGCGCUCUGCCCGAUCCAUUGCUAGAUCAUGAUGUGUGUGUGUGGACAGACCGUGGUGACGAGUGGAUGCUAGUGCUGCGUACUGUGCCGUGAGACAUUCAUCAGAUGAUGCCGUGGCGGUGUGUCGUGUGUGUGUGUGUGUCCGUACGCUCUGAUUCAUAACGCUUCUUUGAUGUCCUUUAAAGUCAGUCACAGUGGUGCAGCUUUCCAGAACAUGCGGCACUUUGUCACCGUGCACCGCGGUCCACCACAAUGACAGUAUCGGGUGCAUGUCAACUCCAGUCCCGAGUCACAUCGGAUAUAUUCGACCGCCUUGGAAGUUACACUUGAUUUCUCCCACGUCAGGAAAAGGGACCGACAGGCUUAACGACAAAAACGGCCGGAUAAGUUGCUCCCGUUGGGGCGUUAUAAAUGUGUGCGCGUUGGGCAUCCGGACAGUUCUUGAUGUGAGAUGUGAUUUCACGGAGGGAAAUCGACGCAUCGAGGUGCUUGCUGCCGUGAGGAUUCUGCAGCCGAUUGUCCCCUCGAUCCCCACGCCGCAGAAACAAAAGUAUGGAGAACAUUACUUUGCCGGGAGAUGGUAACUUCACGGUAGACGUUGCCGAACCAGACAUUGGUUUGACUAUCCUCAAGAUUACCCUACUGACGCCCAUCAUCAUCUGUGGCAUCAUAGGGAAUCUUCUCGUCUGCAUCUCUGUCUUCAAGUUCCGCAAUCUUCGCAUCGUGGCCAACUACUUCAUCGUGUCGCUGGCCAUAGCCGACCUGGCCGUCAGUUCGGUGGUCAUGCCCCUGGGGUUGUACCAGGAGGUGGUGGCUGGUCAGUGGUACCUUGGACCCAUCAUCUGCGAUGUUUGGGUGUCCAUGGACGUCCUGACCUGUACCUCGUCUAUCUGGAACCUCUGCGUGAUUUCCGUGGACCGCUUCUUAGCCAUCACGCGUCCCAUCCAGUACGCCAUCAAGCGCACACCUAUCAUGUCUCUGAUCACCAUCAUCUCAGCCUGGGGAUUGUCCUUUCUCAUUUCCAUCCCUGCCCUAGUCUUGGUGGGUGGCUACGAUGCCAUGGCUUCUGACGAAUGCCAACUCAAUGUCAGCCCUAUUUUCCAAGUCGGAUCUUCCUGCCUCUCUUUCUACGUUCCUUGCUUCGUUCUCCUUAUUGUUUACUACAAAAUAUUCCGCUCCGUGCAGAAACUGGGCCGACGGAAACCCGGCAGCGUGAAGUACCGCAAAGGGCCGGCCUACAAGAACGGUGUGGGCGCCGGCAAGACCACACUCGUCACGAAAUUCGUAAACGAAAAGACUGAGAAUUUUGCCACACUGUGUGACAAACAGGAACCGUCGAGCGGCGAGACAGAGAAGCCGAGUCACGACAGAAAAGCGCACGAGGCGCACGACAAACCGGAAUCGAGGACUAAGCGCAUCUCGGUGGCACGAGAACGGAAGGCAACCUCGGUCCUCGCCAUCGUGGUCACCGUCUUCAUAUGUUGCUGGCUGCCGUUCUUUAUUACCAACGUGGUGAUUGGAUUGUGCCCAAGCUGCAACAUCACCCACACGACCUUUGCCACCGUGACCUGGCUAGGCUGGGUCAACUCGGCGGCCAACCCCGUCAUCUACACCAUUUUCAAUCGCGAGUUUCGCAAUGCGUUCAAGAGGCUGUUGUUCUGCUGUGCCAGUGACUCGUACAUGAGGAGACAGUAUUUAUCCACACUGACUAAUUACUGAUGAGCGAACAUCUCGAUCUUCUCUUGCCAUAAGUAGCAUUAGACUGACAAUGUUGUUCUGACUGCUUCCGGAAGCUGCUUUGUUUGGCCGCCGGUCGACAAAUUGAGCGAGAGAGAGAGCAAUUAAUGAAGCGACAGGGUCAUGUUUUCGCUUUUAAAUACCUGGGAAAAGCCAAAAUUGUGUUCGAGUGAAUUGAAACAUGUGGCCGAAUAUCCUUUAUUUUCCGCGACAGUUGUAUUGUACAGAGACCAAUCAAAAGUUCAUGGUAAUGUCGGUAAAUUGUGUGACUGAAUGUUUUUCUAUUGGAAAUAUAGGGCUAUCUAGCUAUCCUUUGAAAGAACGUUUGCUCUGAAGAUACCAGAGAAACAUGUAACGUUUACAAUGCAAUGGACUGGUAUUAAACGAAACUCUCACUAGAAAUACUUUAAUCUAGCGUUUAAAAUUGAGCCGCUUUCUCAAUUCUUUUUAUCCAAAGCUGUACGAUCAAAACUGAGGCCGGCUCACUCGUGAAAUCCAAAGAACCAAUUGUUUGCUUGUAUUUAGAGUCGAACCCGUUUACAUUCAUUUUUACUUGCCCGUACACUGUGAAUUUGAUAAAUUGAAAGCUUUUGUGAUUGCAAUUUCAGAUGAGAUAGUUCUGGCGCCAGAGAUUUAUAGCGAUUCUUUGUUCGUUUAUGGAAUUUUGUGCAGGCGUUGGUAAUGAUUUAUUUUCAAAACCCGUAGUUGACAUGCAGCUGCCGUUGUGUCCUAUAGGCUGUUGUUCUAUCAAAUUCAAUUUAUAUUUGCUCGUCUAUCAAAUCAAAUUUUAAAGGAAAACGCAAAAAAAACAAAAUAUGAUAAAUUUUCAAACCGGAAUAGGUCCAAGUGCUGAAUUUGGUAAUAGAACAAUUUAUGGUUGGAAUAUGGAAAUGAUGCGUGGUCGAUUGGAUGAAUUAGAACACCAAGCAAUAAUUGAACUCACGCAUACGGUGACAUUAUGACACCCUUUGGUCUUGGUAGUGUGUAGGGCCUAGGUUACAUGAUUAACGCCCAUUUUAUUUGCGAGAAUACCAAAUUAAGAAAUUGGUGUGUUUUGAUCAAUCUUAAAGACUCGCGACACCUUUUUUUGAACAAGUAAUUCCAACCAAAACGUGCCAUUUUAACCAUUUAGCUUAUACAAGACGAUUUUAAGGCUGUAGUCCGUAAAUGCCAACAUGUAGGUGUUUUUGGUGGUCUCAUAAACUACCUAGAUACGUGUAAGUGAGACGGAAAACUGCAUUAACACUUGGGAACUCACACGGACUUAUUUCAUAGUUGUGGGGACAUACACUCGUCUGUACGAGGUAUUUGUGGGAACCGAAAACGCUGUGGGGACAGCAGAAAGUCCCCAAAACUCGGUCCUAAUUUGCCUGACAAUAAAACCCUUCCACAUAACGCGGUGUAGGCCAGGGCACGUCAGUGUACAAUGUAUACUUGCCUUGGAGUUAAGCCACAUGCAUUUAGCGUUUUUAUUGCUUCUUGGACUUGGAGAACCGAGUUUGAGAAACGAACGAUCCAAAGAAAACAAAACAACAACGUAAUGUUGCUAAACACAUGCAUGAACAAAUAGCAAAGAGUUCGCAGUAACGUGACAGGCCGUCCAACUAAUUAUAUGCAUCUUUUUUUGGGGGGGGGGGACUGCUUCUGCACAGCCCAUCCAUCGACCGGUUACACGCGGCCAGAAUUAAAAAUAGAUCGUCCGGAAAAGUCAGAGCUGCCCAUCACGUUGAAAUAUUAUAAUAGGCCAGCGCGGGAUGGCUACAGUGUGUUUUCUUUCAUAAUUGGCACGCAUCGAUUUCCGCUAAGCGUGUGGUUCAACUACUGUUGUGCAACAGCUCAAUAAUACGUCGUGAGUGGCGGGCCAUUCAGGUCUUAACCGUUGGAGCAGCGGCCAUUAUUAUCACAUCAGGUAUUGCAUGCGGAAAUCAGAAAGAGGCAGCCCGAGAAUAGACUUUAUUCACCAGUCGGCCAUUGUUCAAUUGAAAGCGAGGUAACCUCUUCACUUUUGGAACUUGCGAGUAGAAAUAUAAGCCAUGAAAUGAAAGUUCAUAACAAAUUAACCAGUCUGCAAUAAUGAAUAAUUUUAAAAUUUGCGAUUAAACAUACCCUUAUGUUUUAAUCCACAUUGACAAAAAAAGUAAUCAAAAGUGAGGCUUGGAACGCACGCCAAUCAUAAAAUAGUCUGGCACCAUCCUAUUCAACAGUUUACAAUUAAUAAAAUAAAUUCAGGGAACACGAUCGAAAAUUACAUCCUGCAUAAACCUGCAUACUACAGCUCUCCAUUGUACUGAGGCGGCUACUGAUAUCGUCAAAAAUUGUCGCAUUAAAUCUUCUCUUUUUUUGAUCAAAAUAAAUCCGAGGUUGUUUACCAAGCUCACUGGUCAGAUGAUGUCAUUUGAAAGAAAUGGGGACCCGUGUAUGGACCAACAGGUCGAGGCUUUAAGACUUGGACAUUGCAGAAUUCUAUACAAACGCUACACCAAAAUGGUACACCUUAGCCCUACAAACAGGGCAGUAAUGACUCUCUUUUCAAUGGGUCUCUGGCGACAAUAAUGAGACCCAUAGUAGCCCUGCUUAUAGAGUUCAGAAUACCUGAUCUCCGGUGCAUGGGUGCUGCGGUGGUUACACAAUAGUGGUGUUUACGUUUAAAUAUCCAACAGUUUGAAUAUGUUUAUCCGAAAAAGUACACAGUUUAUGUAAAAACACCUGCAUAAGGUCUCCUUACAUUUUAACUCUUUAACUAUUCAUUCGGUGGAGCAAUAAUUGGUCGUGGGAGUUCAAUGCGCGAUAAAUGCACAGUUCUACCAUUCACCAUACCAAGACAGAUAUCGGCUGCAUAUUUGUGCGACACUUGACUAUUUUGACAAUUGCUCAACGUAUUGCCCGUUGAAAUACCUCUGGUUGAUCGAGCCUUCUAAAUGUCGCUCGCAUCACCCACAACAUACGGCGGAAUCAGUCGCGAUGAAACCGACGGUAAAGUUGCAAACCCAACGGACUUGUGUCUAGCCCGCGGUUAGAAAACCUCGCGCAGUUUUUACCGAGAAAAUAACAAUUAUUUCGCGAGUGCCCGAAGUGGUUUGGCAACAAAUCGAGGUCAUACCUGCAUAACCUUAGAAAAAAAAGUCCCGUUAAAACAGCCACUAAUCACGAGGGAUUUUAAUACCUUGCCAAAAAAGCUACAAUUACCGGAGAGAGAAAGGAACACCCUCCCAGUCAUAGUCCCCUCGGACUUCAAACUGUGAACGUGCACGCCAAACCGACGUGUUUCUCGAUUUUAUAAUGAGACUCGGUAGAGCGUUUGCCCGAAGUUUAUUAGUUACCAACCGGUAAAAAAUUAUUCUCCGCUCCGCAACAGCGCUAAAUAUAGUACUCACUCGGUUGAUGAUGACCGACCGGACAUCAAGGUAAUAUACACAGACCAACUACGUAAAUUGACACCUUUGAAAUAUAGGGCUUUCAAUGGCGAACAAAAGCCCACUGCCUUUCAUGAAUGCGGACUUAUUAUAAUGGAGCAUGAGAGUGCGCCAUUUUGUCUUAGAGCUUUCGGACCCCUCUGCGACCCUUCUAUGGGCAUUUUAACACGGGGCUGCCCUGCCUUUCUCUUGCUAUAAUUUUUGACAGAAUGAUUUCUAACCGUAAUCACCCCAAAAAACAUUCAUGUUGGAAUUUUAUCUUGGCAUUCCACAAGUAAAAAUGAUAAGAAAAUUAUUUGGAGAUUUCGUAGCUAGGUUCCCUGUUCGAUCACGUUUGUUUUCACAUCGCGUAUACUUAAAUACGAAAAUGAUAACGACGCGCAGAUUUACCUACUUACAUGUUAUGGAUUCCAGAUUUAGUCAGUUUAUUCAACAAAAUUGUGUGUCCCAAAAGACAUUUUAGUCUCCUAAUUAAGUUUCAGUUUUUACCCAAUUAACGUCACUAAAUUAAUUCAUUAAUUUUCAUCUUUGUACGAGUGCUCCGAGUUCCAAUAGUCGCCUUUUUUAUUUUAGGAAG